CACGCCUCCCUGGGAACCCCCUCUCCUGGGUGCUCUUUGAAGUGGAGGAGGGAGGCGGCCAGGGGGAGGAGGAGGAGGGGAGCGAGGCCGAGCCCACAGCUCUCUGCGCUCUGAGCCUCCCCCACUCAGAGCACCUGGCGCCGCCUGCCCGCCACGGCUCUGCCCCUUUCCCCAGGAGGACAACCUGCUGACCCCGGGCCAGGAUGGAUGGCGGACGGCAGCCUUCACUCUGGGUCUGGUCCCUGCUGGCUGGGGCAUUGCUGGCUGGGGGCAUGGCACCCACUGGGGCCACGGACAACAGUCCAACGUCCAACAGCCUGGAGGGGGGCACUGACGCCACCGCCUACUGGUGGGGAGAGUGGACCAAGUGGACGGCGUGCUCCCGCAGCUGUGGGGCCGGGGUGACGUCCCAGGAGCGACACUGCCUGCAGCAGAGGAGAACAUCCGUCCUGGGCGCUGGGAAUAGGACCUGCACGGGGACAUCCAAGCGGUACCAGCUGUGCAGAGUGCAGGAGUGCCCGCCGGACGGGAGGAGCUUCCGGGAGGAGCAGUGCAUCUCCUUCAACUCCCGUGUGUACGACGGGCGGACGCACCAGUGGAAGCCCCUGUACCCUGACGACUACGUCCACAUCUCCAGCAAGCCCUGUGAUCUACACUGCACCACCGCGGACGGCCAGCGGCAGCUCAUGGUCCCCGCCCGCGACGGCACGUCCUGCAAGCUCACCGACCUGCGGGGGGUUUGCGUGUCUGGAAAAUGUGAGCCCAUCGGCUGUGACGGGGUGCUCUUCUCCACCCACACGCUGGACAAGUGUGGCGUCUGCCAGGGGGACGGGAGCAGCUGCACCCACGUGACCGGCAACUACCGCAAAGGGAACGCCCACCUCGGUUACUCUCUGGUGACCCACAUCCCAGCCGGGGCCCGAGACAUCCAGAUUGUGGAGCGGAAGAAGUCUGCUGAUGUCCUGGCCCUUGCAGAUGAAGCCGGCUACUACUUCUUCAACGGCAACUUCAAGGUGGACAGCCCCAAGAACUUCAACAUCGCGGGCACCGUGGUCAAGUACCGGCGGCCCAUGGACGUCUACGAGACCGGCAUUGAGUACAUCGUGGCGCAGGGACCCACCAACCAGGGCCUGAACGUGAUGGUGUGGAACCAGAACGGCAAGAGCCCCUCCAUCACCUUCGAGUACACGCUGCUCCAGCCGCCGCACGCCCGCCGCCUGCCGCCUGUCUACUACAGCUUCUCCGAGCCCGCGUCGGAGAGCGCGGAGAGCCAGGAGCUGGACGGCGCCGCGCUGCUGGGCUUCCUGCGGCACAACGGCUCCUUCUACGGCCAGACCUCCUCCGAGCGCCUGGGCCUGGACAACCGGCUGUUCGGCCACCUGGGCCCGGGGAUUGAGCUGGGUCUGAGCAAAGGCCAGGAGACCAACGAGGUGUGCGAGCAGGCCAGCGGCGGGGCCUGUGAGGGACCUCCCAGAGGCAAGGGCUUCCGAGACGGCAAUGCCACGGGGACGGCUCUCGCGGGGGACAAGGAUGACCAGGAGGUGGACGCACGUCUCCCCUCUCAGCGGCUCCUCUCUGCCAAUGUCAUCUCCGACCAGCUCUUGGGUGCAGGCUCUGACUCCAGGGAGCUCCCCUUCAACGAGACUGGCAACAGCAUCUUUGCGCCGGGCGUGCCGAGGAGCUCGGCAGCCGAGAGCCUGUACGCGGACUACGAGGAGAACGAGGGGGCCGGCGCUUAUCUGCUCAAUGGGUCCCACCUGGAGCUGCACAGCGACGGCAUGACCAACAUGUCCUCGGAGGCCCCGUUCCCCAACGCCAGUGCCAGCCUCCCCACUUUGGCUGGGAACCGGACGCACAAGGCCAGGACCAGGACCAAGGCGCGCAAGCAGGGCGUGAGCCCGGCGGACAUGUACCGGUGGAAGCUCUCGUCGCACGAGCCCUGCAGUGCCACCUGCGCCACAGGGCUCAUGUCGACCUACGCCAUGUGCGUGCGCUACGACGGCAUAGAGGUGGACGACAGCUACUGCGAUGCCCUCACCCGUCCGGAGCCCGUCCAGGAGUUCUGCGCCGGCAGGGAGUGCCAGCCCAGGUGGGAGACCAGCAGCUGGAGCGAGUGCUCGCGCACCUGCGGCGAGGGCUACCAGGUCCGCAUCGUGCGCUGCUGGAAGAUGCUGUCCCCCGGCUUCGACAGCUCCGUGUACAGUGACCUGUGCGAGGCGGCCGAGGCCGUGCGGCCCGAGGAGCGCAAGACUUGCCGCAACCCGGCGUGCGGGCCGCAGUGGGAGAUGUCCGAGUGGUCCGAGUGCGCCGCCAAAUGUGGGGAGCAGAGCGUGGUGACCCGGGAUAUCCGCUGCUCGGAGGACGAGAAGCUGUGUGACCCCGACACCAGGCCCGUGGGGGAGAAGGACUGCACGGGCCCCCCCUGCGACCGCCAGUGGACUGUCUCCGACUGGGGCCCGUGCAGCGGGAGCUGCGGCCACGGCCGAAUGAUCCGGCACGUGUACUGCAAGACGGGCGACGGCCGGGUGGUGCCGGAGUCGCAGUGCCAGACGGAGACCAAGCCUCUGGCCAUCCACCCCUGCGGGGACAAGAACUGCCCCGCCCACUGGCUGGCCCAGGACUGGGAGCGGUGUAACACCACCUGUGGCCGAGGCGUGAAGAAGAGGCUGGUCUUGUGCAUGGAGCUGGCCAACGGGAAGCCGCAGACCCGCAGUGGCCCUGAGUGCGGGCUCGCCAAGAAGCCCCCCGAGGAGAGCACUUGCUUUGAGAGACCGUGCUUCAAGUGGUACACCAGCCCCUGGUCCGAGUGCACCAAGACCUGUGGUGUGGGCGUGCGGAUGCGAGACGUGAAAUGCUACCAGGGGACAGACAUCGUCCGGGGCUGUGACCCGCUGGUGAAGCCCGUCGGCAGGCAGGCCUGUGACCUACAGCCUUGCCCUACGGAGCCCCCAGAUGACAGCUGCCAGGACCAGCCUGGCACCAACUGUGCCCUGGCUAUCAAGGUGAACCUCUGCGGCCACUGGUACUACAGCAAGGCGUGCUGCCGCUCCUGCAGACCCCCGCACGCCUAGGCCCUGUGCCGCCCCUCGGACACCCGAGCGCCCCGCCCCUGG